GAUUGCGAAAGUUGGGAAUUGGGCAAGAUCAUAUCUAAACGAAACAGGGAAGGAAAAUAAUGGCUCUAAUAGAAAAACUCCUCGAACUUCUCCUUCAUUUUAGAAGGACCUAUCCCAAAGCUUUCUUCCUGUCCGGUUUCCUUUUCUUUACCAUGUUUUUUAUAGUCCCAAGAAUUCGCCGAAAGCUAAAGAAGCGUGGUUCGAACCCUUUCGCGUUCGACUGCCGCCGAUCUGUGCAACCUCUGGUUCUUGAUCAAGGAGAGCGAGAUAAAGUUAUCAAGCAAGGAUUUGUUGCUCGUAAAGUUCCUGAGAACCUUGAUGCCAUCGUAAUCGGUAGCGGGAUUGGAGGUCUGUCUGCUGCAGCGCUUUUGGCUAAAUCGGGGAAGAAAGUUUUAGUUUUGGAACAACACGAUCAAGCUGGAGGCUGUUGCCACUCCUUCGUUGACAAAGGUAAAAAAGAAGAAAAUCAAGGGAUUAAAUUUAGAGAUUUUUAUUGAGACAUUGUUAUUAAAGAGUAAGAUCAUACACUGCCCAUUUAUCGUGCAUACAAGCACAGGUAGCCCAAGCUAACUAUGAGAGGCUCUACUUAGUAUGUGUAAUAAAAUGGUGACGUGUGAAAUUAGGAAUAAUUUCACGCGCGUUUUGUCCAAAUCCUAACAAUUUCCCUCGCCUUUAGGAUUUGGACAAAACGCAAGUGAAAUUAUUCCCUAAUUUCAUGAGUAUACCAUUUGAUUACCUAUUAAUACCAUGGGUGACGAAUAACAUUAGCAAUCUUGGAUUUUUGACAUGUUUAUCUUGGAUCGUAACGAUCGAGAACUCCACUCUCUCAAAUGUUUAGACCUUAAAUUUGACUUAUAAAGUUCAGAAUUUUCUAGACUUUUCCGGCAAAAUACCUGUUAGAAUCCUUCUUGAUGUUCUCUUGUGUGUUCAGGUUUUCUAAAGCGUCUUUUUGUGCCCUGACAUCUUCAUUCACAGCAUUUUAAAACUUCGUGGCCAUCUUGACACUGAGACGUACGGACGGGUUGCCAUGGCAAUUUUAUAAUUUCACAUGUGAAAUUACAAAUUAACGCUGAAAUUUCGCGCCAAAAUUAAGGAGUAAUUCGUCACCUAUGAUAUUAGCUAAUUAAUUAAGCUUGCAUUUAGUAUUUUCUUUUGUUUAUUUGUGUGUUGACUUUGUUUUAGCUCUCAUAGGAUACCAAGAACUUGAGAAUAACACUACCCUGCUAAGCUAAUUAGUUAUUCAUACAGCAAGAAAAUUAGAAGACAUUGUAUGAGAAAUAUUCUUUGGUCACCAAAUUAGCAAAAUGGGCAUUGAAUAUUGCUUUAAAGCUUACCUUUAGGGUUUUCUUGUUUUUCUUUGUCUUCUGACUGUAUUUCAGACCGCCUAGGCACUGUUUAAUGCCUUUUUUUUUAGCGAUAGUUUUUCACCCUGAUGACAGAAGAGAGAAAAAAAGAGAAGGUUGACAAACCUCUCUUGACCGGGUCUGUUCUUUUGGCAGCGAUAAAUUCCAUGACAUUUGUGACAUGGAGACAAUUCCACUAGAAACAGAUGUUCUGAUGAAAAAUGCCUAUUUUCCAUCAUUCACAAUGCCAAAAACCCCAUUUCAAAGGUCCUAAAUCACCAAAGAAGUGGACAAUACAUGGCCGGGGGCUAGGCGCAUCGAGGGCAGCCCCACAGGGCACUGAAGGGUAGGGGCCCAAGACACGAACCCUGAGGAACACCAAAUGGCAAGGGAUAAUAAUCCGAUGUCUCUCCAUUUACUGACACGCGCUAGCUACGUCCAGAUAUAUGCAGAUACAUGCAAAGUUGUUUUUUGCUAAUUAGACCCAAUCAGUCAUUUUUGUUAGCCCUGGCUAAAUCUAUAUAUUAUCAGCUGUUGUGUGAAAUGGUAUGAGAUUGCUUUAGAAACCUAACACAGCAGCCCAUGGGCUUGACAAGGUUCUUAAGAAAUGUAACCAGAUUUGAACCCUACAGUCAAGAGUGUUUUGGGUACACUAAAUUUGGCUGCCUAGUAAAAAUUGUACUUCCUCUUCCUUCACUGCUUUCUCCCUCAUCAGUUGGCUAACAAUAUUUAUCUUUCUUGGUGUGGCAGGCUAUGAAUAUGACCCAGGAAUUCACUACAUCGGGGAGAUGGAAUGCAAUGGUAUGUUACGACUUCUCUCUGAUCAGCUUACUGAAGGUCAGCUGGUGUGGGCUCCUCUAGAAACACAGUUUGAUACUGUAAUUAUUGGAGAUGGAGAAAACCAGAGGAAAUAUCCGGUCUGUGGUGGAAGAAAUGGUGAAUACAGGAAAGCCUUGUGUGACAGUUUUCCAGCAGAGAAGGGAGCUAUUGACAAGUACAUGGAUUUACUUAAAGUGAGUUUAAAUAGCUUCAAAUUGCUUUUUUGAGUGUUUUGUGAUGUUUGCAAGUGUUGCUUUUCUCUUGAAUAACUGGCAGUGAAAAUUAUUCUAAGCUUAGGGAAUUUUUGUCAUAGAUGUUGAUGAUUAAGAGUUGAAUAUUGGUUUGCUUGCUCAUAUACCGAUAAUAUAUCAUUAAUGAAAAAGAGAGUACAUUACGCAGGAAACUAAAGAAACUUUGAUCAACAGUGUCUGACAUAACCCUAACACUAGUGUUAGUGUUAGAGUGCUUGGCCUAGCUGAUCACAUACAUGCUAUUGUUAGAGUAAGGGAGUUCCAGUUAUAAAAAUCAUGUUUAGAGGGUCAACAAUGUUAUAUGUUGUCAUGAAAGAUAUCUAAGUAUCUUGUUACACUGACACACUUCUACGUGAUUUCUGGUCAGGAAUGUCGAAAAUCUAUUAUUGGUUAUGUGGCAUUUAAAUUGAUGCCAGUGUGGCUUGCAACAAUCAUGUUCAAGACUGGUCUAGUGCACUGGAUGACAAAUUUUUUCAAGUUUUCCAAGAGAACAGUGUCUGAGGUGUUGAGUGAGUUAACCAGCAAUAAAGAUCUUCAAACUGUCCUGGCAUAUAACUUUGGCGAUUAUGGUAUGAGUUUCAUAUUUAUUGACUAGAUGAUAUAAACUAAAUUACACUUCAGGGACACUAUCAAAGCUGUUAUUUUUAAUUACCUUUUCAGGGUCAAAAAAAUGCAUAAAAUGCCCAAAAUGAAUUGCACUAAAAGCUAAAAGAUUGCUUAUAGCUGUCACUAAAAUUUCAGGUUUGCCAGUUAUACAGUUGAACCUCUUUACAACGGCCACCUUGGGAACAGAGGAAAGUGUUCAUUAUAGAGAGGUGGCCGUUGUAGAGAGGUUUUAAACAAGAGUCAAUGUAUGGAUUUUUUGUCCAGCAGGACGAAAAAAAGUGGCCUUUGUAGAGAGGUGUCUGUUAUAAGGCCGUAAGAGGAGGUUUGACUGUAUGCAAUUAGCUGGCAGGAAUUGAUCAGCUAGUAAGUUCUUUUGGUUCAUUUUCCUUUUGUUUCCUAUAAUAGCUGUUGGGGGUCCUGCUCCCCAGUCCCCUGUCCUCACUGACGGCCCUGAUGGCAGUGAUGUGUUGCAAUGCCUAUGGGGCAACCACUGGCUGAUUUGUUAGUCGCAUUGCCCAAGAAUAAACGUGUAUUCCUUGUAGAUAAUUGACUACCCUGCAUGGCAGGCAGUAAAAGGGAAAGGGGUAUGGGGAAAAUUCAGGCACGUAAGGGUUCCCCCCCUCCUUGUUUGCCCCUCACCCUCUUGUGCAUCCAAAAGCCCCGUCCUCUUCCCCUUUCAGCACCUGCCACGUAAGCUAAUAAAUAACGAUUGAUUAUAAAAGGGACUUUAUUGUCGUGGAGAUGUGGCUUUUAUUGUAAUAGUUGUGUGGAAUUUACCACAUAUCUCAAACCUUGUGUCUGCAGUAAAAGUUGUUUAGUCUUUUUUGUUGUUUUGUCCUCUUAUUCAUUUUUUUUUUGAGCAGGAACCCUGCCAGGUGAAGGAAGUUUUUCUAUGCAUUCUAUACUUGCAAACCAUUAUUUAUAUGGAGCUUCAUAUCCUCGUGGAGGAGCAAGUGAAAUAGCUUUUCAUAUAAUUCCUGUCAUUGAGAAAGUAGGCGGCAAGGUGUUAGUAAGGGCAAAUGUUUCCAAGAUUCUUGUAGAUGAAAGUUCUGGUAAAGUUCAAGGUAAGUCAGCUUACUCAACUGUUAGUUUGGUCGUUGUGUUCUUUUUGCCCAUUGGUAGCGAAAACAUUUUUUACUUCGGUCAUUUGAAUUAAGAAUUAUUUAUGCAACUGAAUACGUAAAUCAAUUGUAGAAGGAAGAAAUAUGGACUCAACAUCUCACGGCGUAUUUUCCUGUGGUGACGAUUCUAAGUGAAGUUCAACAUAAAGAUUUACAGUGUAGGAAGCAGAAAAAAGUGAGACCAGUGUGUACCCAGACCAGCCUAGGAAAGGGUGGCUGUAAACAAAGUUAUUCACGUUACUGGAGAACUAACAGCAGUAUUAUGCUUUUCAGGGGUUCAAGUUGAGAAAGGUGGAGACCAGGUGGAUAUUCACGCUCCAAUUGUAAUUUCCGCGGCGGGUGUCUACAACACGUUUGAGAAUCUUUUACGUCAUAAAAGCACCGUGACUGACAAUUCUCUUCUGAAAACUAAAGGUGUUCGGCAUGGCUACGGUGCCAUGUCUGUGUACGUAGGGCUAAAGGCCACUAAGGAAGAGUUGGGACUUAAGGCCCAGAAUGUAUGGGCCUUUACAGGAGAUGAUCUGGAUAAAAUCACUAAAGACUACCUAGAAAUGGAUGCAUCUACUGUUGGUACUGAGGACAUUCCGCUGUUGUUUAUAUCAUUUCCGUCCACCAAGGAUCCUGAAUGGGACAGACGGUACCCUGGUAAGUUAACACCUCAUCUGUGAUAGUUGGUAUUUUUAACCCUGUUAAGUUCAAUUUGAAUUAUUUGUUUCGGGCAUUUGCUCGGCCGCAUUAGCAUUAGUGCUAUAAAUAUUGCCGAGGGUGAAUAACGGAAUUAUUAUUAUUAUUAUUAAGGGCGAAGAAACUCCUUCCUUUCUCUCUCCACCCCCUCCCCCUUCAAUGUCAAAUGUCCUCAAAUAUACCCCAAAGGAAGGCCUGCCUGAUACUCGGGCUACGGUAAAGGAAACCAGAAACUCAUAAGGGGUGAAACUGAGGAAAACCCUGCCAGGUGAAUGUCAAUAUCAAUCUACACCCACUAAGCUUUACCAACAAAAUUAAUUGUAGAACCACUGUAGUUUACCCUGUGAUUUGUUGCAAAGUUAAUCUCGCCCUUGUGUUAUUCUGCCGUCAACAUUCGCAGGUAAAACCACGUGCACGAUCAUAACCUUGGCGCGGUAUGAGUGGUUCGAGCAAUGGGAAAACGAGCGGGUCAUGAAGCGAGGCGCAGAAUAUGAGGAAAUUAAAAACCGCAUUGGUAAACGCAUAUGGGAACAGACUUGCAAGCUCUUUCCACAGAUUCGUGACAAGGUGGAUUUCUUUGAUGUAGGAAGCCCUCUUAGCAAUAGGUACGCUAAUACAAUUUACCUACAUUUCACUGAAGUAUAUCUUCGCAGUAAGACGCCUGGAUUACGCAGGCACGGUUAAAGAGAGUAAAGGGGAAUGCAAAGCUUACCCCAUAGUACUACACCUUACAAUGUAAGUUUAAUGGACUUCAUUCCCCUCUUAAUCCUUUUGGUUUUACAGUAUACUAGGCAAAACAUUGAUUACUUGGAACCACACUCCAAAGUGAGGGGAAAAAGGACGAAUACCCUGCGGGUAGAGGUUUCUCUCUUGCAUGGCAUUUAGCAUUAACGAAGUCGUUCGCGUGGCUUGUCGGUUGUAUGAACAAACCAACUACGCGACAGACAAGCCACGCGAACGACUUCGUAAACGCUAAAAGCCAUGAAAACGGCCGAUUUAGACUUUUAGAUGUUUGCUUACGUACGCAACUAGCAUACGUAAAGACUUUACACCAUCCCCACGCGCACAAUCUUCACUUGCGACAUCAACAAUGUGUCGUACGAAUGUUGUGGGUCUUACAUUUACACGACACGAUCUGUCGUGAAGUCAUGAUGCAUGCUAGUUGCGUACUAUAGUCGUAAGCAAAAAUCUUACAGUCUAAAUCGGCUUUUAGAGAGAAACCUAUGCUCGCAGGGUAAAUGAUGAAUAACGGGGCGAGCGCGAAGAAAGAGGCGAACCGAGCGGGUUACCCCUCCCCAGUCCCUCGUUCCUAGUCCCAGGCUAAAUAGUACAGUGUAGAAAAAAAAUAAAUUGAUACUUUUCUUGCAGGUACUACAUCGCGGCGCCCCGUGGGGAGAUCUACGGUAUUGACCAUCACGUAGAUCGCUUCAGUCCCCAAUCGGCUGUAAAGCUUCGACCGGAAACCCCAAUCCGUGGGUUAUACCUGACUGGGCAGGAUAUCAUGAGCUGUGGGUUUGCAGGAGCUAUGACUAGUGGUGUUAUAACUGCUUCAGCUGUAUUGAAGAGGAAUUUAUUCACCGACAUCAGCCGUCUACAAAAGGAGCUGAAGAAAACACGCUGAGCCGUGCGUGAAAUGGACCUCAGUAUUUUAAAGGUGGCUCAGUUUACAAUUUUCAUGGUUAAAAAUUGUUCUUGUGUUAUUGCAUUUUAUUAAAAGACGAACAGCACAGGAAAGAAGUGAUUAUAUAAUCACCGGCAAAAGUUUUAACCAUUCUUGAGACUUUGCAGCGUAACGAACCUUUGCUUUGGCAAAAUGCAACUGAAGAACUUUCCGUUGAAUGGGGUCAGUCACUUAUUUUAAGAAUGGUCAGACUUUGGGAUUUCAUCCUUUGUCAAACUCGGGAGAAGAGACAGACCGACCUUAACAGCAUAAUACAGUACUUUCUUCGUAGAAAAUACUGCUUGAUACAAAGUGAAAUAAUUGAAUUAUUUCAGAUUGAAUGCUAUUAGGCAAUGCUGUUAAGGUGU